UCCUCGAUUGAAUUUGUUGAAUUCAUAGAACUUAUACAAUUCACAUGCCUUCUCCAGCCCACCAAGAAUGUCGUCGACAUCCCUGCCUUUCCUAUACUACACGCGAACGAUCCUGCGUACGAGCCCCCGAAAAGCCCCUACCACGCUCGCCCGCUCGCUGCACGCCACCGUCCGGCAGCAGGUAAGAGGCAACGAUGACAUACCCUUCGACCUCAACGUCGGGGAGGAGGACAUCCUGAGGCGGCGGCCGGAGUCGCAGCAGCAGCAGCAGGCGGAGGCGGGCCGGCGCGGCACCAUCACGCCGUCCGAGCGCCUCAUCUUCGAGCGCAUCUUCGCCGACAUACGCGCCCGCGGCCUCAAGCCCACCUUCCGCCCGGACUCGCCCUCCGACGCCGCCACGCGCUCCACCAUGCUCAUCAUGCAGCAGGCCGCCCAGGACGCCGGGCAGUCGCGCCCCGCGACCGUUGCUGCGCCCGGCUUGCUCGCCGGCGCCGCGCGCGACCGGCAUAAGGCGCUUUUGCGGUUUCCGCCGGAGCUGCGCGAGGCUGCUGGGAAGGCCCUUGGUACUAUCCAGUCUUCUUCCGCCGUGACUCACUUCGGUGGUGGUCGUGGUGACGAGGAGCAGCAGCAGGAGGGGGGUGAGGAUGCUGCGAAGGCGGAUAAGAAGAAGGAGGCUGAUGUGGAUGAGGGCUGGAAAACUCCUGCGCAUAGUAUCAACCGCACUAUUGAGCUUGAAGCUAAGCGCCGCCCUGAGCGCGUCCGCGUCGAGGGCUUGAUUGUCAAUGCUAAGACUGACUUUGAGUUAUGGGAUGUUUUGGAGAAGGAGGUCUUUACGAUGCCGGCUAGGCUCGGUAUCAACAGGGGAGCGCCGACGACGGAACCGGAAGAAGAGAUAUCGGAUGAGUUAGAGGCCGAGGAAGAGGGGAUCGUGGACGAAGAGCUGGCAAACAGCUCUGAAGAAGCUAGUGAUGCUUUAGACACUGCUGAAGUCGCAGGAAAUGAGCCUGAGAAUGAAGCAGAAGGGACAGACGAUGUGGCCGCAGAUGUAGACGUCGCCCCCGACAGCGACACCCCACCUGAGGAGUUGAGUCUCUACGUUUACGGGCCGCUGUACCCGGCAUACCUCCUCCUUGCGCUGCGCCGUCUGGAUACCGCCUUUAGGGCACCGUCGCUACUCGCAUUCUCACUCCUCCCGCGGAUCAAGGAGUUAGGACUAGAGUCGUAUAUCCUCGGUGUAUCGACACCCUUCUACAACGAACUCUUGGAGAUUUACUGGAAUCGUCGCGGAGACUUACCUGGAAUGCUGCAUCUCCUAGAAGAGAUGCGCCAUUGCGGACUUUACUUCGACGAGCAAACCGCGUCUAUCUUGAACCAAGUAGACACCGCGACGGCCGCUUUGGCUACGAAGGUGUCUUCUGGUUCGUUUGGGAGGGCCCUUAUGACUAUGCCUGAGUACGAUCGGGAUAUACGGGACCGCCUUAGGCAUUGGCAUAGAAUCGUGGACUUGUCGAUUAAGGAAAGGGAGCAGGAUAUCGGAUACUGAGUCUGGUGCCAUGUGCUGGCUGUUGAUCUGUAUUAUAGUUAUUAAAAAAUGAUGGCCCAGCUCUAAAAACAGGGCACAUGUUCAAUCAUGAAAUCUAUGCCUUCAACUUUAUUAUACUAUGAUGUCUGGUACGUAUGUUGUAUACGAAACUAUCUCGGUCGACAGUUGGGGUACGUCGGUUAUUCUCGGCAGUGGUUGAGGAGAACCCCUCCGUCAGUGUCGCAAUUAAUUUGUAUCUCUUC